AUGGGCUGCGGAGUGGACGGUUGCCACUGCGACCACUACUCCCCCUAUUCGGGCCCUUCGUCGAUCGAAUUCCUCCAACAAAGUGCGGUGCCCUACGGUGAUUUGAUCAACGGAUCGGCAAAUGAGGUGCUGGUGAACACCAAGGCUCCGGAGACGGCCCCGCGGACGGAAAGCUCGGUGGCGAAAAACCCGCCUCUGAAGGGUGGCUUCUUCAACAAGUCCAAAAAGGCACAACAGAUUCCCGCCCAGCAACUACUGACUCCUCCCCUGACGCCAGUUGCCGCCACGCCGCUCGUGAGUGACAAGGAAAACAACAACGCAACUCCUGAUUCGAAGAAGAAGAAGCAAGACCAGGAGAAGAAGGCCAACCUG